AUGGAAAGGUUUGGGAAAACAAUUAUUCCCUUCGAUGAAGUUAACCAUAGAAUCGAUUUAUCAUGUCCGAAGAUUGGUAUCCUAACAUACAAAAGGGCUAGGAUAAAUGAAGAAUUCACAGCUAUAUUCAAAGGGAAGAUGCUAAAGCUGGGAAUCAUCGAGUUUGAUGAGGAAUAUUGGGUCCCAUUCAGGUGGGAUCCGAAUCCUGAUUUCUAUGAGAAACGAUCAGAUUCAGAUGAUGAUGAUGACGAAGAAGACAAAAGCAUCUCAGACACAAACAUGGAGGAUUGGGGGGGGGGGGGACAGAGAGGGAAUAAGGAGAAAUGUGGCCAGAGAACAACACUAACGAGGGCACAAGAGUGA